CGUGCCUCCGUCACUUGUUACGGACUUUUCAAACGACAGUCUAGUUUGACGAGCGGUCGAGGCCGGUCGGUUGUUUUUGUGCAACACAUUAGACGUAGUGUUGUGUUGCUCGUCUAAGUUGAUGAGAAGUUAUCUGCCACUGCCAGAGACAGAAGACCGCGUUACGAACUGCGAGAAAUUCAACAAAGCGAUUGUACUUUCGCUUGUUUCAUUACGCGCGAGCCAAACGGUACCAUGGAUAUCUGGACGAUACCGCUGACGUUGAUAGCAGGUGUGGUCGUAAUAUAUUUGUUUUUCAAACGAAAGUACAGUUAUUUCGAAAAACAUGGAAUUCCUUAUGAACGGCCGUUACCACUGUUCGGAAACAUGAUGAAACUUUUUCUCAAAAUUGAGGCGCUGCCUUACGUGGUUGACAAAGUCUACAAACGUUUUCCUGACACGAAGUACUUCGGUUUCUACGACUUCACUACUUCAGCUGUCGUGAUAAAAGAUCUUGAACUGAUAAAAGAAGUAACGAUCAAGAAUUUCAACAGUUUUCCAAACCACAGGAUGGUUCUCACCUCGCCGACGGAGCCUCUUUUCCAGCAAAACCUUGUCGCACUAAAGGACGACGAGUGGAGAGAUAUGCGAACACUUCUGAGUCCAGCGUUUACCUCUAGCAAAAUGAAAAUGAUGUUCAACAUCGUAACGCAGUGCGCGAUAAACUUUUCCAACUACUUGGCUUCACAGGAUCCGCAACCCGAAGCACUCGAGAUGAAGGACACCUUCGGAAGAUGCACACUGGACAUGAUCGCGUCGACAGCGUUUGGCCUGUCCACAGAUUCUAUGAAGGAUCGUGAUAAUCAGUUUUUCAAAUUGGGUAAAAAAGUUGCCGAUAUAUCCGGUUUCAGGAUCAUAAAGUUCUUCAUCCUUAGAAGUAUCCCUGCUUGGCUGGCGAGGCUUUUCAAUAUCAGGUUUCUCGAUGUGAAAACAUCGAAUUAUUUCACAAACAUAAUAAAAAGCACCAUAGAGACCAGGGAUAGGGAGAACAUUGUAAGACCGGACAUGAUUCACCUGAUGAUGCAGGGAAGAGACAGGAAGGAUAAAUCGACCCUGUCCAUGGAAAACAUGGCCGCUCAAGCCUUCAUCUUCCUUGUCGGCGGCUACGAAGGCCCGUCAUCGACGAUGUGUUACGCCGCCCAGCUUGUCGCGUCAGAUCCUGAUGUGAAAAAAAAACUGCAAGCCGAAAUUGAUGAAGUAUUGAAGGAUAAAAAACCGGAAGAAGUUACCUAUGAAGAAAUAAUGACAUUGAAGUACCUGGACGCUGUUGUCAAUGAAACCCUCAGGAUGUUCACGCCUGGUUUUUUGUUGGACCGAAUUGGUCCGACAGGAUUCACUCUUCCCCCUGCGUUACCAGGACUCGAGCCGCUGGAGAUGAAGCCGUUUCAGAACGUUUGGAUCCCAGUCUACUCUCUGCAUCACGACCCGAAAUAUUAUCCAAACCCUCACAAAUUCGACCCCGAAAGAUUCAGCGACGAGAAUAAGGGCAACAUCAAUCCUCUGACCUACAUGCCUUUCGGAAUAGGUCCCAGAAUUUGUAUAGCGAAUCGUUACGCCCUGAUGAUAGUGAAGCUGGCAAUAUUCCAUCUUUUCGCCAAGUGCGACGUGCUGACGUGUUCGAAAACCAGUAAAAACUUGAAGUUCAGCGCUACGAGUUUCAGCCCGCGACCUGACGGCGGCUUUUGGUUGAAAAUCAGAGCAAGAGAAUGAUAUCUGAUCAGAUUCAACCAUUAUCCUUUAGGUUGUGAAGCGACUUUUUAUAUUAUCCUUGUAUUAAAUUUUCCUACUCCGACUUUGCCGCCGCGCAUAAUAAAGAAUUGAUAAGAAUGUAAA